AUGCGACAACGGUUAGUCGAUUCUAGCGAAGCCUCUGCAGCAAUUGCACUGGAUUAUUAUCGGUCAACUGUCAGAUACCACAACAUCGACAAAGUCGAAAAGAGUGCUUCGAGGUUUAGUGGAAAGCGCGGCAGAGAAAUGGAGAUUCACACCCGACCAGAUUCUGCCGAUUCUCAGGAUGCAUUCGCGUUGGGCGUCUCACUGACGGAAGAUCAAGAGAUCUUCAUCGAUGCAGAUUUCGUAUUCGACGGGAUCCCCGAGUAUGACUCGGACUCGGCACCACCCAAGCGUAAACGCCGCCGUCUCGAUACAAGCGUGGAAUUCGAUCCACUGAUAAUCGUAGGGAGGCAGAUAUCGACCUUGUCGAGUCACCUGGCGACAAUGAGUACAAGUCCCUACCCACCCCUGAUACAAGAGGUAUCCUACCGCACCAUUACACUGCACAUAAAUCCACAGCCCAAGCAGUUCAACGAGGUCAGAGCUGUGAAUGCAUUGAGCCUGAAGCAGCAGCUUCUAAAGAAGAUAAUUGGCAAAUACUGA